CCCUUUGUAGCCGCCCCUCGGUGACGAAAUCUAAAUCAAUUCGUUGAAUAUCAGCUCUUGUACAGCUCAUUCUUACUACCAACAUGAUCAUAUCAGUUUAGAUUUGAUUAUUCAGUCUUCUAUUCUUUGUCUGCAUACUUUGUUUUUUACAUUAGUAAAUCAUUUUGUGAUAAUGACAAAAAUGUGAGUUUGCCAAAAAUUUAGUGAUAAUUUGAACAGUGUUUUGCAAACAUGGAGAAACAUAACGAGUUAUCAAGUUCAUUAGUUUCUGUGGACCAUGAGAGAUAAAUAAUAUUUUAUAACUAAUGGGACACUUUCGGCUUAAAAUCAGAGACGAUAUUUUAUCAUAAUUUAUAAUGAUAACAAAUGUGUAAAAAUAAUAAGUUAUUACUUAAAGUAAAUAGAUAAUUAAUACUGCUUACGAUACAAGGCCAGUGUUAGUUAAACAUUUAAAAUGUGUGUUGUUUUAUCACAAAAAUGGAUUCUAUGGUUCUGUCGGGCGCUUCCUGUGACGGAGGUAUAGAUAGUGAUCGAAAUUCUAACAGUAGCAGUAUGAUCGUAGAUCCAGUGAGCCUAGAUCAGAAGAAUUUAUCACCUCGCUUGAACAAAAAAUUUGAUGUUUCGUCUCAUUUUGUUGAGAUAGCGACAACAACUGUUAAAUCUCGCAGUAGAAACAUCAAAAAAACAUACACGAUGAUAUCAGAAACAGAAAAAACUGAACAGUCGUCAUCGUAUACGACGGAGAAAAUGACUUCGACUCAAAUAAAACCACCAUAUUCAUAUAUUGCUCUCAUAACAAUGGCAAUUUUACAAUCUCCCCAAAAAAAACUUACUUUAAGUGGAAUUUGUGAGUUCAUAAUGGCCAGGUUUCCAUAUUAUCAUGACAAGUUUCCCGCUUGGCAGAAUUCUAUACGGCAUAACUUAUCUUUAAAUGAUUGUUUUAUAAAAAUACCACGAGAGCCCGGGAACCCGGGUAAAGGAAACUAUUGGACAUUAGAUCCAUUAGCUGAAGACAUGUUUGACAAUGGCAGUUUUUUACGACGCCGAAAACGAUAUAAGAGACCGCCACCUCAUUAUGUACUUCGGGAUCGUGCAAUAAUGGCGACAUUUGCAAUUUGCGGGGAUCGCACUGGAUGCCCAGUAGGUAAUCAUUCUGGAGGAUUUGCUUAUCCUGGUGUUUCUCCUACUGCUUAUUUGACUCCGCCACAUCGGCUUCCAAUCCUUGACUUUCCACCAUCAACGCUCGAAGCUCUCAAACUAAGUGGGUUUAUAGAAACGCCACCACCACUGUACAAACCUGUUCCAAUCGUUGCACCUCAUCAACAUAUUCGUCAGAUCGUCAAUAACACAACGUCGACUCUUCCAAUGGCAAUGACAACGAUGAAGAGCAUCCCCGGACGACUUGCUAUAUCUGUAACUUCUAGUGCUGUUGAUAAGAAGGCUAGUUUCAGCAUAGAAGCUCUUAUCGGUAAAACAACUCAGUCAGAUCAAAGUAUAAAUGAUCUUCUCGACCUUAGUCCUUCUGAGCAUCGAGAGAUAGGAAGUCAAGCAUCCGCUUUUUCACCACUUAUUUAAUCAUCUUUGAUAUUAGAAUGAAAGAUGAUUAGAAGACCAUCAAUUAGUGUGAGUGUUUAUUGAAUAUAACUUCGUCAAUCUAAUGAAAUUAUAGAGUUUAUAUUCUAACGACAAUAUAACAUUAAAAUGAACUAGGUGCAUUUUUUACAUCAUUAAUAAUACACUCCUCACGUAUGGCACAUGUGAAAAUAUUAUUAUUAUAAAAGACAUUACUUUGAUGCAAGUAAGAUAUAAAAAUUUUUUUAAGUCUAUAAAACUUGAAAAAGUGGACAAACCAUCUCUUCAGGCCAAUAUCUUAAAACUAAUAUCAACAAAGUUAUUCAUUAGUAGUUAAAAUCUGUAUUUAAGUUUGAAAAAUAUUGUUACUGUAUUUCGUUAUAAAAUCGCGAUCAUACUAAUAGAUAAAAUAAAGUUCAUCCUUAUGUUUCUGGAAUACAUGUCAAUAAA